GAUCAGCGCAAUAACUUAGCAACGGUCUCCGCCUAUUUCGACGUUUGGUGGUUGGACGAGUUCCUCGUAUGGAAUGCCACUGACUACGGUGGAAUCGGAAAAGUUUUUGUGCCGAUGAAGUGGAUAUGGAAACCUGAAUUCUACAUGUAUCACAGUGUUUAUGGAAGAGUGCCAGAAUACGCUCCAGAUGCACCGGCCGAGAUUCGUGCCGAUGGACGUGUUCGCAUGUUUGUCUCCAUUUCGUCCAAGAGUUUUUGUCCGAUCAACUUCAAGCGUUUCCCUUUCGAUUCGCAAACGUGUUCAUUCUCGGUUUGUUUUCACACUUCAUAG